AUGAGCAUUGUCGGUGGUUGCGGUGACAUCUUUAAGUUCUCUUCUGAUCAGCACGUCUAUCUGAAGGUAUUAUUAAAGUUAAAAACUAUUCCUCUCAAGCCCGAAACAACCGUGCUCCUGGAAAAAGGACUCAAUUUUUCUAUUCAACAUAACAGAAGCCUUCUAGGAGACAUUCUGGUAGAGAUUAUCAAUAUCACCGGCAAGUUCCCUGAGGAGAAAAACCUGCAAAUGGAGCUGGAAGUAAUUCCAAAGAUCUUGACACUUCAGGAGCAUACACACAGGAACAGAUUUACCGUGAUACGCAAAUCCCUGGAAACGAAUGAACAAUUAGUCCUUAAUGUGGACUAA